CAUUAAUUUCUCCUCAAUUUUUUAUCUUUUAAGCCAACAAUUUGACUCUUCUUUUACUUCUAAUCGCCAACACCUUGAAUCACUGCUUCCGUGUUCGAAGGAAAUCUCCUUUCUCUUCCUAUCUCCGCUUAUUUCUUGCCUUUCUUUCCACUUUCUCUCUCGGGACCUAAUCCAUGUCUUCUCCAAGCAAGCGCCGCGAGAUGGAUUUGAUGAAAUUGAUGAUGAGCGAUUAUAAGGUCGAAACGAUCAAUGAUAGCAUGCAAGAGUUCUAUGUCGACUUCCAUGGACCUAAAGACAGUCUUUAUGAAGGAGGUGUGUGGAGGAUUAAGGUGGAGUUGCCAGAUGCUUAUCCUUACAAGUCACCUUCAAUUGGCUUUGUCAACAAAAUUUAUCAUCCAAAUGUUGAUGAAAUGUCGGGCUCGGUGUGUUUGGAUGUUAUCAACCAGACAUGGAGCCCUAUGUUUGACCUUGUAAAUGUUUUCGAUGUGUUUCUUCCACAACUUCUCUUGUAUCCCAAUCCGUCCGACCCAUUGAAUGGAGAAGCUGCUGCCGUAAUGAUGCGUGAUCGUACUGCAUACGAGCAAAGAGUAAAAGAAUUCUGUGAGAAAUAUGCAAAGCCAGAGGACAUUGGAGCUGCUCCUGAGGAGAAAUCUAGUGAUGAGGAGCUGAGUGAAGAUGAUUAUUCCUCAAAUGAUGAGGGCAUGGCAGGCCAAGCUGAUGAUUGAAUGACAGAGUACAAACAAACAAACAUCAAGAUGAUCUCUGUAAAUGAUUGAAAAACUCAGUAAAGCUAUGGAGAAGGUUCUUAGCUCUACUGUCUUGUCUUUUUCAUGAUAGUUGUUGUGUACAUUAAUGUAAAACUAUGAUAUAAUGUUUCAUAUGUUGUCAUUUACCAUUUAAUAUAUAAACCCAACAGACAUUUAGAUCA